AUGGCCGGCCGUGGACGAGAGCUCACGCUGCCAGCGUGGAUGAAGAAGCAGCAGGAGGCAGGACCUGCACAGCCUCUGGCCCCGCCGCGUAGUGCAUACCCUCCUCCUCACCAGCAGCCGCAGCCGCAGCGAAUGCCCCCUCCAGCGUCGUCUCAGUUCGCCGACGCACCGGAGAUCUCAAAUGGCAGCUCCAAUCCCGCAGAUCCCGCGGACGAUCGCCACCGCAGUUCCCGCCGUAGUCAUCGUAGUCGUUCGGGCUCGUCGCACCGCCGAGACCGCAGCCGUAGCAGGGAGAGACGCUCCUCGCGCCAUCGUUCGUCCCGUGACCGUCGCAGCCGCAGUCGGGAGCGCGAACGCCGUCGCUCCCGUGACCAUUCGGAGCGCCGUUCGUCCAGACGCAGCCGCUCGCGCUCGUCGACGCGCAUAGUCCGUCGCCGCAAGAAAUCCAACUUUGACGUGCGCCCGCCCGGAGUCACUGAGGAGAACGCCGCCGCCUAUGCAGCCCAAGCCAUUUUGCAGCAGAAUAUGGCUGCACUCUCGGGCUCAGUCGGCCCAGCGUCUUUCGGAGCACCGCCAAACCCGACGCCUACUGGGAAUGUUCCGGCAGCGCCGAUGUACUCGCAUUCGCACGCCGGCCCGGGCUACGGUUUCUCCUCCGGUAUGUCGCAGCAGACGCGUCAUGCUCGUCGACUGUAUGUCGGUGGCAUCGGUGAGAUCUCAGAGGCAGAGAUCACCGCGUUCUUUAACGACGUCAUUGACCGUGCGUUGGGCGAGAAGCAGGAAGGAGGCUCCGUGGUGUCGGUGUACAUCAACCGCGAGCGUCACUUCGCCUUUGUGGAACUGCGUUCCAUUGAGCUUACGACGGCUUGUAUGAACCUGGACGGUGUGUCGUACAAUGGACAGCCACUGAAGAUCCGCCGUCCUAACGACUAUAACCCGGCUACUGUUCCGAAGGACCUGGGACCGAUCCCGCAGCUUAAUCUGGCUGCUUUGGGCAUUGUGUCCACCACUGUGAGCGAUGGUCCGGGUAAGAUUUUCAUUGGCGGCCUGCCGUAUCAUCUCAAUGAGGAACAGGUGAAGGAGCUGCUACAAGCGUUCGGUCCGCUGCGAUCGUUCCACCUUGUGAAGGAGCUGAGCUCCAAUCUGUCGAAGGGCUACGGAUUCUGCGAGUACAUGGACAUCAACGUGACAGAUGCUGCGUGCCUUGGACUAAACGACAUGCGACUUGGUGACAAGACGCUGACAGUGCGCCGAGCGAUGUCGCAAGAGAACGCGAAGGCUGUUGCCAGCGCUGCAGGUACAGUGAACACGGGCCUGGAAAUGGGACUAGACCCGUCGCUUGCUGCGAUGCAGGCGAUGAGCAUGGCAGGUAUCCCCAGUGUACCGCUCGGUACGCCCUCUCGUGUGAUCGUGCUGCUCAACAUGGUGACACCGGAGGAACUUGAGGAUGAAGAAGAGUAUGCUGACAUUCUAGACGACAUCAAGGGUGAGUGCGAGCGCUUCGGAGCUGUUCCGUCGUUAUUGCUGCCGCGCCCGCGUGAUGGGAUCCCCAGUGCUGUCGGUAAGGUCUACGUUGAGUUUGGCGAUGUGCAGUCAGCCCAGGCUGCGGCCACGGAGCUUCAUGGCCGUGGCUUCUCAAACAGAACGGUGGCCGUUGAAUUCAUGGACGAGGGCAAAUAUGCGCGUCGGCAGCUUGCUUAG